CAGCGCGCUGCAAUUCAAAUUUCAGGAAACGAAAACGUCUGGCUUGUUAAACCGUCUUGUUGUUACACACUGAAUCAACAGGAAACCUUCAAUUCUCUGCUUCUACUGCCACAUUUCUUGUGUCCCCAAACUCCUCCAGCUUCCGGGUGCAGUACCUGUGACAAAGCAGCCAUGACAUCCAAAGGUAACAAAGAGACCAUCAUCGGUAGACUGGGUUUCAAGUCCAGCAGCUCUGCCCCCAAGGCCGAGGCAGAGAUGGAGAGAGUCAGGAAGGAGAACGCUCACCUGAAGAGAAAAAUUGAUGAGCUGCACAAAAGACUCGUCACCAAAGCCACCAAACCACCCGACUCAGAUAAUACCAAGCUGCUAGAGAGGAUUGUUACCCUUGAGACAUUGUGGGGGAAGAACAAUCAGCAGUUGCUGGUUAAAGAGCAGGAAAUAGAAUCUUUGAGACAGCUGCUGUCAGCGCGAGGAGGAGAGGUGGUAACAUCACUGCAGGCUCAGCUGGAGCAGCAGAAGAAGGAGACAGAGUUGAAAGACGCACUGAUACAGAGUAUUUCGCAGGAGAAGGAGAACCUGAAAAAUGAGAUUGCCACCGUUUCUGCCCGCUGCCAGUCUCUGGAAAUACAAGUGGCACAGAAUGGACAGAUGCCCCCUCCAGAGCAGGCAUUGGUACAAGAUCAACUGAAAGAUGCUCUUGAGAAGAACCAGCAGUGGUUGACGUACGACCAGCAGAGAGAGGCCUAUGUCCAGUCCCUCAUCGGCCAUACACGGGAGCUGGAGCAGCAGCUGGCCCAGCCCAAGAAGCAGGACCCCAAACCAGAGGCCAAUUCAGAUGCAGGUGCAGAAAAGGAAGCCCAACUGAAAUGUCAGCUUGACCAAAUAUCAGCGCUGCAGAAAGACCUUGAGAGCCAAAAAGAUCAGGUUGCCAGAGCUAAACAGGAGCUCCACAUGCAGAGGGAACAGACACUGAACGCUCAGAGCGAGCUGCAGUCUCGAAACGAGCAGGUCGCCAGAGUCCAGGAGGAGCUGCUGUCGCUGCAGAGGAGGUACGAGGAUAAGUGCGGCGAGCUGUCAUCCUGUGCGAGGAAGUACGGAGAGAGGAAGAAAGAGCUGGAGGACGCCAGGAUGCAACUGCAGGCCAAGCAACAGGGCAGCAGACAUAAAGCGUCUGCGGAGAGAAGGGUGUCAUCUGAGGAAGUGAAGGUCAUGGACAUCGAGCUGGAGAAGAAGAGAUCUGAUGAACUUCUGCUGCAGAUCCGACUGUUAGCCAAGGACUUUGAGAAUGAAAAGCUGGAUCGUCAAAGCACGCAACACCAGCUGAACAAGUUGCUGAAGGAGUUUCGCAGGACUCGGGAUCAGACUGUGAAACUGAAUUCUUACUUUCAGAGGCAGUUGACUGCCGAUACCCCAGAGCCCUGCACCCACACCAAGUUUCAGCGUCUUAGUCUCGAUGACCCCAUGUCACCACCCAAAGCCACCAACCUUGAUGAAAGUUUCCUCGAGUGCCCCGGUUGUCAGGUCUCCUAUCCCGCCAGCCGUCACAGGGAACUCCUGCGACACAUCGACUUCUGCCUCGCCUGAGGCUUACGAUAAAGGAUUUUUAAGGGUGUCAUAAAUAUUUUUUGUGAAUGAAGACAUGCUGUCAGUGGGUAACAAGCACAUGUUGCUCCUUUUUUAAAGAUUGAAAAACACUGGACUAUAUUAUGAGAUCAGUUCAGGAUUGUUUUUAGGCUAUUUAUAGAUAUUAUCGGUUUAAAAUACAUCUUCCAGUGUUAUCAUGAUAAUUAGAUACAAGCUGAUGACACGUUUAACAAUGAGUCACCAAUGUGUUAUAGAAUAGUAUACACAGUUCCUAUUUAAAAGAAAUGAAAAAACAAAUAUUAGUAUUGUCUCUUAAAGCCAAAGAUUGAUCCAAUCAUUUACUGACCUUUUUUUUUCAAUUGUUAUUAUUAUUAUUAUUCCUCUGUGUUUAUUUCCAUGUUUUGCCCAUAGACUGUAAAUAAACAUGGACUUAGUCUCUAUCAGUUGCCACAUCUUGAAGCCUCAAGAUUGCGCUGCUGUUCAAGUUUUUGCACCUGUUAACCUUUAUCCUCUAAAUACAAACAUAAUACACAAACUUGACAUUAUGUUCUAUUUAAGAUCUGAACCCAGUGAUUGAGGUCAUUAACACCUCAGGAAAAUGUUUACUCGUGUUAUAAAUCAAGUGAGAUGUAGAAGCUAAUUUCCCCACAGACCUCCGUUCAAAGUGCAUCCAGCAGAGUCGCCCCCUGGUGGCAAAUUGCAACUUCCGUCCUACUUGGCUGGGCACCAAACAGUAAGACUAUGUCUAUAUACAGUCUAUGGUUUUGCCUGCAGUGUAUUUUUCAGUUUUCGUAAAAGCUCUUAGUGAAUUUUGACUGCUUUUAAGUUUUAUUUGUGUAUUUUUGAUCCGGUUAUUUAUUCUUGUGUUGUUUUUAAAGGUGAGGUAUUGUCUUUCUUUAGGGAAUGAAAGCUUUUAUUUUUUAAACCAAUAGUAAAGUAACGUCAUUGUAUGUUGUGUGAAAGUUUACAGUCCGGCCUGAUGUGUUCCAUCCAUGCAUCAGCUGUAAACGUGGUUCCUCCACUCCUAGUUCCAUUGCUCUCUGUGUCGCAUGGUCUAAGUCUAGAUUUGAAAAUAAUGAGGUAACGAACAAAGUAAAAUGAGAUUAUCUGUUCAUAUUAGUUUUGUCUACCAUGCGUUGCUUGUACAUGUGUAUAGUUGUGCUCUAGUAUAGCAAUGUGGAAUUGUUUCUAUAUCUUGUAACUGACUUCUCAAAAAAAAAAACGUAGGAAUCGACAGCAGCUCAAAUAAAAAUGCAGAUUUUUAGCGGUACACUAAAUCCCAUUUCCAGUUGGAAAAGGCUGUCAAACUCCAUACUUAGCGACAAAUGUAUUCUUCACUUAGACUUAAUGGAGCCUAUUUGCCAAGUGACUAUAAAUCUGUUUUCUCUCGUCUCCCAGCUCAAUGCGAAAGGCACAGCCUACUUACGACCACACCUCUAAUGAAGCUUGAAUUGGUCACAUGGUGUCGGGUUGUAUAUUCUUUCUGGUUGAAGUCAAACUUGUCUCUCUGCCCUGACUUCUCCAGCUCGCUGGAAUUAGAUUACAUGACCUAACUCCUUGUACUAAACUCUUUAAAGAGGUGGAUUCAUGAAGGUCCUCUUGGUCAAAAAGGAAAAAGGUGUUCAGGUGCCUUUUAUUCCUGCUGCCUUGGCAAUGUGACGGGCAUAGACUUAGGUUAGUUUUGUUUUUGUUGUGUCUGUUUCAGCAUCUCAACCGGAUGUGAUCUGCGAAUGUUGUUUUGGCCUCCUGAUUUAGCUUUUUACAGGUUUUAUUCGAAUUGUGUGCUCCAUGGUGGUUUUCUGAUGCACUGUACUGUAUAAAAAUGUGCAAUAAAGAUGUAAGUUUCGUA